AUGCCUGUGGCAACACAAGACAAGGCGUUCGGCGCCCAGGACUUCAUCUCUUUCGACCUUGGAGCAGACCAGGACGACGAUGUACCGCAGUCUUCUACGCAAGCCAAUCGUGGUCGUGGAUCAAAGUCGCGCGAGGAGGAAGCGUCGCGGAAGGGCAAGAAGCGCAAGGCUGACGAGCGAGAGGACGAUGGACGCUCCAAGAAGGAGCGACAGAUGGCACGUUCACGCCACACGCCCUGGUCAGCCGACGUGGACUGGAACAAGUGCAAGAACGGCGCUGAAGCCUUGCAUCGCGAGCUCAUAGCUUUCGACUACUGGAUGGCGCCCACCGCAGCUGAGCACGAAACGCGCUGCAUGGUCAUCGAGCUCAUCAGCCGCGCCAUCAAAUCUCAGUUCCGCGAUGCAGAGGUCCAUCCUUUUGGAAGUCAGGAGACCAAGCUGUAUCUUCCGCAAGGUGACCUCGACUUGGUCGUCGUCAGCAACUCCAUGGCCAACCUUCGCACCCAGAACGCACUUCGCACCAUGGCCGCCUGCCUGCGACGACAUAAUCUGGCCACCGACGUGCAAGUCAUCGCCAAGGCUAAAGUGCCCAUCAUCAAAUUUGUGACCACGUAUGCUCGUCUCAAGGUCGACAUCUCGCUCAACCACACCAACGGUCUCACCACGGCAAGCUACGUCAACAGCUGGCUGCGCAAGUGGCCCCACAUCCGACCGUUGAUCUUGGUCGUCAAGCAUCUUCUCAUGCAGCGAGGCAUGAGCGAAGUCUUCUCGGGGGGUCUUGGAAGCUACAGCGUCAUCAUUAUGGUGAUCAGCUUCUUGCAACUGCAUCCGAAAGUGCAGCGAGGUGAAAUCGAAGCGUCUCGAAGCUUGGGUGUCCUGCUCCUCGAAUUCCUCGAGCUGUAUGGCAAGAACUUUGGCUACGAUAACUGCGGCAUCUCGGUUCGAGGUCGCGGUGGCUACUUUAGCAAGGCUCGCCGAGGCUGGAAGGAUGAAAGACGACCGUUCAUGCUCUGCAUCGAGGAUCCCCACGAUCCCUCCAACGACAUCUCCAAGGGAUCGUUCGGCAUCAUCAAUGUGCGAUCGACCUUGGCAGGUGCCUUCGACAUCCUGACGGCUGCCAUCUGUCAGCAAGCCAAUGAGGGGAGUGCCAAGAUGCGCCUUUCUGCUCGAGAUGCCAAUGACUCGGGCCGUCGAAAGCACCGACAUUUCUCUGUCGACUCGGAUUCAGAUUCUGACGCUGAGGCUCGCAGGGCACUUGUGCGUGACUCAACGGCAGAGGGUGGCAAGGACGACAAAGAUCCCAACAGCCUGCUCGGCAUCAUCCUUGGUAUCUCGAACCCGGUCGUGCGGCAGAGAAAGGAGAUGGAAGAGCUUUACUUCUCUGGAUCGCUGCAGUUCAAGCUGGGAAGACCAGCACCGCCCAGCAGUCCGCCUCCCGCGAGGCCAUCGUCCUCUCGAGAAGACGGCUUGGCAGCUCGCUUAUCGAGCUCCGCUGCCGGUUCGUCUGGCUCUACGACCAAGGCUCGACCAGACAGCGGCGUCGUGUCGAUCGACAGUGCAAAGAACACGACCAAGCGUGGUCAAAUGCCCGCCUUGUCGAUCAGAGGAGCUGCUUCUGCGGCAGACAAGGCGAGCGGUGGGUCGGAUGCAGACAGUCAGCGGGGAUCGAAACGGGCAAGAAGGAGCAGUCCUUCGCAAGCCGGCUCUGACAAGGACGAUGCCGAGCGAACAGAACGCCGGAGGCCAAAUGCGGAGGCAGACAGCGAAGACGAGGACUCUCGUUACAGCGCAAGCCGCUCCUCCAAGCCAAAGUCAUCCCUCGCUCGACGAGGACCGGAUGGAGCAGCCUCGCCGACGGUAGGUGGGCCCGCGAAGAAACGCGCCCGCAGAGGCCAGACCGAGAUCACGCAGGCGGACCUGGAAGACUUGUCUCACUCGGCGCCGUCUACGUUCGUCUCUGAGGAUGAUUCGGAUGAUGACGCUGCACGAGGCGACGACAAGAUGCUUCUGCCUACGCUGUCAGGCGCAAGUAGCGUCAAGUCGGCACCCAAGCUGGGCAGCGCGGGAAGGGGAAUGUCGCGCAUCUCGUCGCGCACAAAGAAUGACUUCUGGACCGCCAAGGGCGUCGAUACCGGGUCUGGUCAGGCUUCGGCUUCUCCGCCGCCUCCGCGGCAAGACGAGGAGGAAGGUGCUCUCCACUGA